CUCAGAGCUUGCCCUGUAUAAUACGCUGUUUCCUCCUGUUUUGCUUUUUAUGCCCCCCUUUAAAGAAGAGGGGGUAUAUUGUUUUGCACAUGUCGGUCGGUCCGUCGGUCCGUCCACCAGAUGGUUUCCGGAUGAUUACUCAAGAAUGCUUAGGCCUAGGAUCAUGAAACUUCAUAGGUACAUUGAUCAUGACUGGCAGAUGACCCCUAUUGAUUUUCAGGUCACUAGGUCAAAGGUCAAGGUCACAGUGACUCGAAAUAGUAAAAUGGUUUCCGGAUGAUAACUCAAGAAUGCUUACGCCUAGGAUCAUGAAACUUCAUAGGUACAUUGAUCAUGAAUGGCAGAUAACCUUUAUUAAUUUUCAGGUCACAAGGUCAAAGGUCAAGGUCACAGUGACUCGAAACAGUAAAAUGGUUUCCUGAUGAUAACUCAAGAACAAUUAGGCCUAGGAUCAUGAAACGUCAUAGGUAAAUUGAUCAUGACUUGCAGAUGACCCCUAUUGAUUUUCAGGUCACUAGGUCAAAGGUCAAGGUCACAGUGACAAAAAACGUAUUCACACAAUGGCUUCCACUACAACUGACAGCUCAUAUGGGGGGCAUGCAUGUUUUACAAACAGCCCUUGUUUUAAAAGCUCUGGAUUUUAUGUAUGAUCAGCAUUGUUUGAACUGAUACAUACGGUUUAUUGGGGGCUUUCUAUCUUUUAAAAUUCCAUUUUCAAAUGUGAAUCUUUCAAUUUGGAUUUGGAUUUUUUAUGGCAUCAAUUUGAUGUUUACACGUUUAAUUGGCAUCUUGGGGUGCAUUUCGUCUUUAAAUUUUAAUAUGGGAAACAUAUUUUAUUUGCAUCUAAGGGAACAAAUUUUCUAGAAAUAUAUUUUUAAAUCUAAUAUGCUACAAUCUGGAAUUGAAAUCAAAAUUAUUAUGUGUACUAUUUUCACAAACCGUCCAGAACAGCAACCUGACAUGUUCCAAAUGGGCAAGUACGCAACCAGAUUGAUUUCAUACUGGCCCUCAACCGUUCAAGUCCAGCAUCAACAAGGCCACCACACAAGAUUGUUUCCUGGUGCAGACAUUGGCAGUGACCAUGAAUUAGUGCUCACCACGUACAAGAUUAAGUUAAAGAGCAACCGCAUCAUGAAGAACCCUUGUGUUUGUUUUGACUUGGAAAAUUGAAAGAUCCAGUGACAGCAGAGGUAUUUCAAGCACCAAGUGGCAAGUUUGCAGUCCUGAACAUCUUAGACAAUGACAUCGACACCAUAACCAACAACACAAGAAUGUUGUACUGUCAUUGGCCAAAGAAGUGUUAGGGAGAAAGAGAAGGAUAAACGAGCCAUGGGUGACACCGAAAUCAUGGACCAACAAGCCAUGGGUGACACCGAAAUCAUGGACCAACAAGCCAUGGGAGACACCGAAAUCAUGGACCAACAAGCCAUGGGUGACACCGAAAUCAUGGACCAACAAGCCAUGGGUGACACCGAAAUCAUGGACCAACAAGCCAUGGGUGACACCGAAAUCAUGGACCAACAAGCCAUGGGUGACACCGAAAUCAUGGACCAACAAGCCAUGGGUGACAACGAAAUCAUGGACCAACAAGCCAUGGGUGACACCGAAAUCAUGGACCAACAAGCCAUGGGUGACACCAAAAUCAUGGACCAACAAGCCAUGGGUGACGCCGAAAUCAUGGACCAACAAGCCAUGGGUGACACCGAAAUCAUGGACCAACAAGCCAUGGGUGACACCGAAAUCAUGGACCAACAAGCCAUGGGUGACACCGAAAUCAUGGACCAACAAGCCAUGGGUGACACCGAAAUCAUGGACCUAUGAAAAAAAGAAAAAAGCUGAGGCAUGAGAAGUACACCAGCCUGGACUCUAAGGCAAAUUACCAGGAAGCAAACAGGGAGGUAAGGAAGAAGAUGAGUCCAAGGAGUAAUGGAUUGAGGAACAAUGUAUCAUCAUCGACAAGGAGAUGACCGCAGGCGGCAGUAAGAAGGACUACAGCACCCUCAAGACCUUCACGAAGACCAGUCAGCCCAUGGCCAGUGUUAUCUCACCUUACCAAGAGUACCAUAGUCCUAAACAGGUGGACUGAAUACUGCAGUGGACCUCUAAAACUACCAGCUUCAACCAGAAUCCAGUUUCCUUCGGAGUGAUCCCAGACCAGAAGCGGACGACAAAAGUCUGUUCAUACUUGAGGCAGAGGUGGAGUAUGCAGUGCAUAGUCUUAAUGCAGGAAUAUCUCUGGGAAUGGAAAACAUCCAUUCCAAGCUGAUUAAGCACGAAGGAGAGGCAAUGCCUGCAACAAUGAUGGCACUAUGCCAAAAGAAAGUGAAGAGGUGGCACAAAGAGUUGACCUAGUCACUGGAAUUGUCAUACCCCUACCUAAAAAGGGCAUCCUCAUGUUGUGCAAGAAUUACAGCACCAUCAGCCUCAUCAGUCUUCCCAGUAAAGUCAGGCUAUGCAUUAUCUUAAUGGAUUGAAAAGUAAGGAAGAAGAACUGCUGUUCAAAGAGCAGGCUGGAUUCAGAGCUAGGAGGAGCACAGUAGAACAGAUUUUAAACUGCACAAUCAUCAUUGCGAAACACCUGCAACACCAAUAUGAGCUCUUCCUCAACCUAAUUGACUAUUUAACUACUGUGUGUGGCAUGAUGGCCUGAGCCAUGUUAUGAUAGGAUUCUUUAUUGAAGAAGGCUGGUGCAAUUCAUUCAAGAACUCUAAGGAAACGCCAGCAGAGAAGUACUUCUCAACGGCCAGCAGGGGGACUUCUUCAGGACGUCAGUGGUUGUCUGUCAGGGAUGUCUGCUCUCUCCUGCCUGUUCAACAUUUUCCUUGAGAAUGCAGGAGGCUCUCCAUGACCACCACACCUCCAUCUCCAUCUGUGUCAGACUUGAGAUUCACUGAUAACAUUGACCUCAUGGGUUGCACCAGGAGUAAACUUCAAGAUCUCACCAACAGACUCUAUAAAAAUGCAGGAGCAUACAGGAUUGAGGUCAGCCCAGAGAAGUUGAGGAUAAUGGUGAACAGCAUGACUUACACAGACAAUGCGAUGAACAGUGAGAAGCAAGAAAUGACCAGCUUCAAGGAUCUGUACAAGCAGAUCCAUCAGCUUCCCCACCAAGUACAGGCUCUACAAGUCCCUUGUAAUCUCCAUCCUACUCUACGGCUGCAAGACCUGGACGCCUCCUGCGGACACAGAAACCAGGGUUCAGGCAUUUGAACAUUAAUGUCCCCGAAGACUUCUCUCCUACACAGAGCACAAGACCAAGGAGUUUGUCAAGAACAUGACUGCAACACUUGUUGAUCUACAAGAGCCUCACUGGCGACCGUAAAACAACGAAAGCUGGCUUGGAUUGGACACUUCACCAGGCACAACUCUCUGUGCUAGACCCUCCUCCAGGGCAUGUAAGAGGGAGGUCGAUGUCAAGGCCUAUAGAAGAAAGGUUGGAUGGACAAUGUAAAGGAGUGGAUGAAGUACUAUCAGCAGCACAAAACAGACCUGAUUUGAGGAUGAUUUCUGUAUUGUUGUCCCUCAUUUUCCGCUUCGGCCAAAACCAUGUGUUUUUUUGGUGAUGGGUAGAGUGUCAGUUAAGCCUUCAUUUGCAUUAAAUUUUGAGAGUGUGUGUUUAAUACUGUGGGACAACUGAUGUAGUAAUAUUUGUUGGGGGAGUUAACCAUAGGUCUGGUUAACUGAAGAACAGGUGUAAAACUUAAGAUUUAUUUCCCUUUGCCUGGAUGAAACUGCUAUAAGAAGUUCAAAAUUUGGCAAUUAUAGCCAUUACAUGUCAUCUUUCCAUUUGACCUUAUGUAAUUUUUUGUUAUUUUAUAUUUUGCCCCCCCCCCCCCCCAUUUGAGCAUGCAUUUUUCUUUAAUCCUACUUUUAAUCUUCUCACCCUUAAUUUUCAAUAUCAAACACAGUAUUUCUGAUUAUUUAUA